AUGAAGCGGUUUUCUUUGUCGCUGUCGAAUGGCGCACAGCUUUCAGGGAUUGUGUCGGUGCCCCCCAGAAUCUCAACAACCCCUCACUAUCAACCCUUGAUUGUUGGGAUACAUGGUGGUACAUAUUUUUCAAGAUACUUCGACGCUGGUACGACCAACUCGGCCGUAAGGUUAGCAGAAACACUCGGAGUGCCUUUUGUGUCAAUUGACCGCCCGGGCUACAAAGACAGCACAGCACUCCCGCCGGUCCCGGAAGGAUCAACAUUCCUGCAGGAGGAAGGCAAGUACCUUCACGGCUACAUUCUCCCUAAGAUAUGGCAAGAAUUCGGCGCUAGCUCUGGGGCAACUACCAUCGUCAUCCUGGCGCACUCCCUGGGAUCCCCCAGCUCCAUUGUGGCCUCUGCUCUCCAUGCAAGGGAAGCUCAACCCCAGUACCCCUGUGGCGGACUGAUCAUGUCCGGCUGGGGCACGGCUCACGGCCGUCCCAGCGAAAGCGCAAGAGACAUCGUUGCGAACGGAGUGGUCGACGGACGGAUCGCUUGGCCGCUCGAGAUGAAAGAUGGGCCCAUGUUCGGCGACCCCAAACUGGGGAGAGUGUCCCCUGAGAUUCUUGGAAUGGGAGCCGAGUUGAACACGUCCAUGUCCCUAGGCGAGUUUGAAGACGGGUCGUUCCACUGGAUAGAUUAUUGGUUAACUUAUGCAAAGGAGGUGAAAGUUCCGAUCAUGUAUGGAAUGGGUGAACAUGAUGUAUUGUGGAAGGCGACAAGGGAGACUGUCCAGGACUUUGCUCGGGAGUUUACAGGGAGCCCGAGGGUAGAGAGCGGAGUAGUGCUUGGGGCACCGCAUUGUAUCGAGUUGAGCUACUGGGGACCAGGCUGGGUUGCAAGAUGUUUGGGAUUUGCAGCCGAGUGUGCUGCUGCUGAGGGAGUGAGUCGUCGAGUAGCAGCAGGACAAGCAUAG